CUCAUCGCACGGAACGCUGAAUUGUGGCGAUUGUGUUGUGUCUUCGUCUUCUCGCGAGGAGCAGUGCGCAUCAAUUGUGUCGUGUCGUUCGUGUAAAACCCGUGCUAAUGUAAGCUGGCAACUGUUGUGCUAAUGCUGCAAACAAGCACUGGGCAGCAUAAAUUUUACAACAUUCGCCGUAGCACAGCACUAUUCAAAUUGAUCCCGUGGGUGAAAAGAACGCCCACCGACCCCCGGCAAAAAGGGCCCCUCCCGUUGGGGGGCAAGUGAAUCGAAGUGCGUGCGUAUGUUGUAAAAGUGCGUAUGUGCGUGUGUGUGUCUAUGUGUAUGUGUGUGUGUGAAAAAGAAGUCUAACUUAAAAAAAGGAGUAGAAGAGUGGUAGUGUCCCGUAGGUGCACUAACACAAAACGCAACGUCCGCGAUGGCCGACAAAGGAACGAAAUUCGAACGGAUGGCCAUGACCAAACCCGUCCCGAUGAAGCUGUUCGCCGCCUGGGAAGUGGACCGGACACCAUCGAACUGCAUUCCAAGAUUAUGUUCGUUAAAAAUUACCCGCCUGUCCCUGCUCACACCCCUGCCGGCCGAUCUAACGUCACUGUCGCUGGCGGUUCGAAUGCAAAGCUCAAAGCGAACGCUUCGCUCGCACGAAAUCCCGGUCCCACAGUCGCUGAGCGCCGGGUACGGCAGCACCGGUGUGAUCGGCACCGGAAGCAUCACGGGAGGCGCAGUCGGCGGAGGCCUGACCGGCGGUACCGGGCUGGCCGGUGGGGGUGGCGUUGGUGGAGGCGUCGGCGUCGGUGGGGGUGGCGGUGGCGCCGGUCAGCUCAACUCGCCGCCACUGCUGGAGACGGAGCUGGACCUGCACUUCAGCCUGCAGUAUCCGCAUUUCAUCAAGCGCGACGGCAACCGGUUGCUGAUACUGCUGCAGCGCCGCAAAAAGUACAAAACGCGCACCAUCCUCGGCUACAAGACGCUGGCCGAGGGCGUGAUCCGGAUGGACGCGGUGCUGCAGAAAUCGAUGGACAUGACGGUGGAGCUGAACGGGUCGGGGAAGGCGGGCCGGGCCGGACUGACGAUAGCGACGCUGCGCGCCACCCAGGUCACGUCGAUCCCGGUCGACCAGGACAACAAGAACAACAACAGCCUGCUGGUGACGGACCGGGUGAACGAGUACUCGGACGAGGACGAGGAGCAGGAGUUCAGCUCGGGCGACGAGAACGACGAGGGCCUGUCCGGGUACGCGGCGAAGCGCAACUAUGCCGGGAAGCGCGAUUCGUACAAAAAGUUCGAAUCGGGCGAGCAGGACGGCGAGCAGGAGGAUGGCAACAUGCUGCCCUCGAACCAGGCCGACAGCGACAGCGAUUUCGACAACAUGGGCAAGGAAAAGUCGCGGGGGAAGAUGAGUCGCCAACGGAAUUUCAAGCAACGCAUCAUCUCACUGCUCAAACGCUUCAAGGUGCCGGAGGAGCUGGAGGGCGACGUACGGGAGCGGGGCCCGGCACUGCGCGGCAAGCGCGAUCUGGACGCCCUAUUUCAGGAGCUGGAAUCGUUGUCCUGCGGCGAAGGGGACGACUCCGGCCAGGACAUGGACAGUCUGUCCAUCGGCUCGACGCCGAAGCCAUCGUUGAGGCCAUUCUUUGAGCACUCGGGCAAGCCGGUCCUCACGCAGCAGCAUUCCUCGAUACAGCUAAGCUCGAUGCAGAAGGGCGGCGGCGGUGUUGGUGGUGGUGUUGGUAAUAAAGAUUUUAUGCCAGAAAAGAAACCCAAUUUAGAGAAGCGUGACUCGCUCGCCGAAAAGAAAAGCAAUUCAAUAACAAUUGCCAAUAAUCUUAUUAAUAGUAUGAACGGCAACAGUAUUAAUAACAAUCAGACUAGCAAUUACAGUAACAGCCAAGAUCGAUCCGGUGACUGGAAAAACGAUAGCUCCGGCAACGAGGGUGGCGCCGGCAAUACGGACCCGGAAGCGCUCAGUUCCGAUCCCCAGAACACGGGCAGCCCGCCGAAGGAGAAGGAGACGGCGGUGGAGAAGAAGAAUCGCCUGUUUCGCACCAGCAGCAGCACGCCCAACAGCGCCAAAAAGCAGAAACAGGUGCUGAGCUUCCAGAUGGACCAGCACGGGCAGCAGCAGGGGCAGCAGCAUCACACCCAGCAGGGGAAACCAUCGCCCCUUGAAACCUGCCUGUCGCCGACGAAUGUGGAGCCGCGCAAGUCGCUGCUGGAGCAGCUGCAGCGCACGUUCACGACCGAGGAGUCGGCGCUGCCGGAGGUGGUCACGAUCGUCAGCCCGCCGGAAGCGAGCACCGUGUCGCUUACCCCACGGCUAGCGUCGCUCAUAUCGGCCACGUUUCGGCCCACCUUUCAGCCCAACAAUACCGCCGAGGUGAAAGCAAUAACGCAGGCGCUGAUGAACAAAAUUCAGAAGUACUGUAACUCAACGGCAAAACCGCCAACCACGGUGAAGGUAGUUCUAGUCGGAGGGGACUGGUUGCAGGGCGCCGUGCUGCGACACUACGUAGAGCUGUUGGGCAUACGGCCACCGGACUGGGUAAACCAUAUCAGAUUCUAUAUCGUUCCUUUAGGAUCGUGCGCGGUCGCUCGCUACAUCGGUAUGAUCGAUUCGAGCUACCUGGGCAUGUUCGGUACGGAGAGCUGGCAGCAGAUCUGUGAUCGGGCGGCCAAUCUCGAGAGUGCACAGUCGAAGAACGAGUCGGCCGAGUUUAUCAACCGGAUACAGCGGUACCUCAUAUCGGGCGGACCGUGCACGCAAGUUCCUAUUGCCGAGGCGAUGGUUAACUAUCGCGAUGAAGACUCUUGUCAAAUAUUUGUACCGUUUGUUAGUGACGUAAGAAUUGGCUGUUUAGAAGGGCCGCAGGUGUCGCUUGAUCUCGACGAAUCGUUCACGUACGCUUCGCAGGGCAGUGCCGACCGGAUGCUGUCCAGUUCGCCGCCCCAGAGUGGUCGCACCUCGCCGCCCGCUUCGCAAACACCGAGCGCCAUCGCCCAGCUGCAGCAGAAAGAUCUGCAGCAGCAGCAGCUGCUGCAGCAAUCGUCCUCCUCUUCCUCCUCGCAGGUGCAGGAGUCGCUCGAGCUGCAGGUUGACUAUUGGCCGCUGGCUCGGCCCAACUUCGAUCCGAAGGAGAAAUUGCUCGGCAAGGGCCAGGACCCGUCCGGCAAGAACAGUAUUAAGAGCACGUUCCGGCAUUUGCAGGUGUGGCGACUACCGCAAGCUCCAAGCUUUGGCGAGUUUACCAACGGCUUAACGCUGAGCUUUGCAACCAAGGAGAAAAAGCAAAAAAUAAUGAGAUUAGGCAAAAAGAAGGAGAAAGAUCGCGAUGCUGAAAAGGAGCAGUGCGUCGAAGGGGUGGCCCGGUUAAUCUGCUCACCGAAGCAAUCGCAUCCGGUUCCGUUGCGAGUUUACAUCGACGGUACCGAGUGGACAGGGGUGAAAUUUUUCCAACUUUCGUCCCAGUGGCAGACGCACAUUAAGAACUUCCCGAUAGCGCUGGUCGGUGCCCCACUGGCACCGGCCGAAAUGCUAACCUAGUCAGCUUCAUCCUCCGUCUUGACGGAGCUACUACCCACUCCAACAUCACCGGCAACGCCCUCGAUCAUCCAUCCGACGCGCGCCGGCCUGGCCGCGUUCGAACCGGCACUGGCAUCCAACGCGUCCUUCAAAUUGCCACCGCUGCCCCGUUCCGCUGGCUGUGAACCGCCAGCGAAUACGCCGUUCCCAUCAUCGGCAGCAGCGCCCGGUCACUCCGGUGGCGGUGGCGCAUCGCGUUUGUUGCGUCCGCGCAGCUGGGCGGCGGUUAGCCGGUCGCGCGGUGGCGAUUAAAUUUGUUGUAUAUAUUAUCCCAUAUCCAAGCAGGUUGUGCCAGACAGGAGCGCAAUGAUCCGCGGGCUAGGAUCGAACCAUUUUCUGUGUAAACGUGUAGGAGAGCAAUCAACUGUUUGUGUUUUGUGAUUCGAUUUCGUGAUUUAGUUUCUUUUUUUUCCUAUUUUCUAUGUUGGUAUACUGCCGCAUGUGUUUCGUUGGCCCAGUUGCCUAGUAUUGUAAACGAAAUCAAUAGUGUAUAGUUCGUUGGCACCGCUUGGCACGCUCAUUCCAAAUUGCAAUGAGUCAAUCGGUUAAUCGGUGCAAAAACAAUAACUUUUAAUCCGGUACUGGCGUGGUUGGGUGGCCAGGAUGUUUAAUUUGUGAUAAAUCAUUGGCUUGAGUGAGAUACAGUACAUUUCACAGCAACACACACACAAUCCCUGCUCACAAUGAACGCACAUCAAUGCCGCUAACCGGCGCAGGGCGGAGUAUGUUUGUGGAGGUUUGUGUUGGAUAUAGGCUGCGCAGAAAAGCGCAAGCAAACAAACUAGUCUUUAGAGCAAAACGCAUAAUAAGAAGAGAUACAAAAAAAUACACACGUUAGCAAUAAUCGAAAAUGGAACGCGCCGAAUCAAUCUCGCACAAUAGGUGAGAAACCCCUUUGCCCGGCAGCGCGCGUUUGCAUUUAACUCGUGUCAACAGUAGCAGCCAACACGCUGUGUCAAGCUGUCCGGGGUGCACACAGGAGAUUCUUGUGUGCAUUUGUACUGGAGUAACACGGCAGAAGGAGGAAGGUGUGCUGCACCACGUCUGCACAUUACACGCUAUCCAUAAUAGCGUCCUUGUGCCCGCCGCGUCCCAAUUGGGCUCCCCCACAUCACAAGUAUUGUAAUCCGCAAUUUAAUGUUUUCGUUUCACAUCGUUUCCCCAAGUGCUGUGGCUUUUUGUUACAACAGAAUAAAAAUCACAGCAAAGUAAUACUAUGCAAUGCAUGCUCGGAACCGGGCUUGGAAUUAUUUAUUAUUAUUUUUAACAAACUGUUUGUACACCCCCAGUAGAAAGGGAUAUUAAAUCCAAUUAUUGUGACUUGCGGCGCUCCUCUGUCCCGGAAUGGAACGGGAAAGCAGAAAACGAUGGCGAUUUUUAAGAAGAAAAGAAAAACAAACGGAACCCCAAUAGAGACUGCUUGACUUUGUCAUAAGUUUUUAGUACGUACUAGUGUGUAAGAAUUACAGUGUUUACAAACAAAAGUUGUACAAUUGCUCGGUAAAAUUGCGAAAUGCAGCUUAGUAGAGUUGAUCGUGGUAGAUGAAAUUGGGUAGAAAGAAAAUUAGAAAACUGAAAAGGCAACACAAUACGACAAAGAAGAAGAAGAAAAAAAAAGAAGUAGUAAUGCCGCUGUGUAAUAUUGCAAUAAUUAAUGAGUAUGGCUGGUCUUGUUCAAUGGCAAGCGGCCGGUACGUAGGAUAAAUUAAAGCCGAUCUGUACGUGCGCCUCGCAAGUCCCGCGCGCUUACGUGCGAGCGAAAACGGGGAGGGAAAUUGUAAAUGGAACUGUAGAUACUAGCCUGUUUUCGGUUUGCAUUAGACAUACUCCUUCUGCCCCAAGGCCCUCUGUACAGUUCGUGGCCGUGCGAAUGACAGUAGCCAGAGCAAGCAAGCGAGUAUGGACGUGUUUCAGUAGCAAUCGAUCUGCCAUCUGUGUAUCGCAAUAGAUAUGAACUCAAUGUGCUCAUAAAAAAAAAAAAAAACAUGUAAACUCUUAACGCAACCACGCGGCCAACACAUGCAGCAUGUAUUCGUCGUCGUCGUCGUAUACCAUGAUAUUGUAGCUGUAACCCCCAUCGUCGUUAUCGUAAGCGCAAGAUUUCGCCACAAAACUCCCAUCCAAAGCACGCACGCAUUCAACAAACGUGUACCGUACGAUGCGUUUUGCAACUCUGUAGGCCAGAGUGCUAGCCCGAACUCGCUAAACCUAAAAUAUCAUUACCAACUUUCCGGUCAAGCUGUAGCGGGGUACUGUUUUGGGGAAGUCGAGUACGUACAGCGGCUCAAUCGACAGAGGAGACAGUAGUGUGUGCAUUGCUGAUUGCGCGCGUCCCGGCCCAACCGGGUGUAGAGCGCGCACAGCGCAAGUUCAGCGCAAUGUCGUAGCGUAAUGGCAAGUGAAAUGAAGCAGACAGAAGCAGAUGUGUGUCAUUUUACGUAACAAAAAAAAAAGUAUGCAACACAAAUGCAUUGUAAAGUAUUUUAUAAGAUAUUGAGCCGAGAAAGUGUGGAUGCAAGAAAAAAACGGUAAUAAACGGCUAUUGUAUGUCGGCGCCAGCAAACCGCAACGAUCAUCCAAUCGAUCUCUGAUCCGCUCCCUGACGCUGCUCCAUACAGCAGGGCGUGGACAGCAGAAUAUUCGUCGUUUAGGAAGAUAGUAAUGAAAGCAUUUAGAGCAAUUGUGUUGCAACCACAAAGAUUUGAAAACAAAAAUCAUGCUCGUGAUAAUUGAUAUGCUUGGCGCGCGCGCGUGCGCGGUAAGGGUGCAGAAUGUUUCUACUUGAAGAGGGCUAAAGGGGGAGGGGGGGGCGAGCGGGAAAGGGGAAGCUUAACUGUAUUCCUCCUUCCGCUUCCCUCCUCCCUCCCUACCUUCAAGGUACACAAUAACAUACGCAUCCCGUAAAAUGCACUUACACAUAUCCCUUGCAAUGAAAGGAACAAACUGCAUCCAGCGGCGACAUCUCUCAUCCCCGGAGGGCGGUGGGAGCGAUAAAAAUCCCCCACUUCCCUCCCACCGAACAAAUGCGUUUGUCAUUACUUAUGGCUGUGGAAAACAAAUGUGGGAGAUAACUACGAAACAAACGCAUAGAAAAUCAAACAAUACACACUAUCGACACAUCCACAUCACUACUAGAACAGUUUACGCUAAGAUUCGACGGCGCAAAACGCUUCGCCUGCGGGCGAAACAUUCGGCUUCAUCUUUCCUGCUUAUCGGUGUGUGUAGGAGGAGCGGGGUGUCACAAACAGGGGGUGACUGAGCCACCUCGCCAUCCGACGACUGAAAGGGAAAUGUGCAUCCUAACGUGGUGGAUCCUAACUCUAUAUUCACUGUCAAUUGUGUGUGUGUGUGUAGCUUUGAUGCGUGCGCGUGGUCGUGGAGGACUCUGUAGAUGUAUCCUCCUUCCUCCCUAGCUGCAACUGUAACUUUCUUUCCAAACGAUCGUGCGUAUAUUACUGGUUCAGGUGCACGUGUGUGUAUGUAUGUCUACUGUAGGUGGCCUUCUGUUUUGCGUUAAUAUAGCUGGCAAACCCUGUUCCAAUUUGGCUUGGCUAUUACUAGAACCUUUCUCGCUCUCCUCAGCAGUGUGAAUGUUUUCCUUCUGCUCUCUCCGCGUAGCAUUAGUGUGGUGUUAUUAGUGGCGGCUUCUGGAGUUCUGCUGGUAGACGCGUGAGUGAUCGUUAGAAGCACAAUGUAUACAUCCGGUCUUUUCAAACACUCGUGUCCACGUGUGUGUGUGUUUUAGGGCGCCCGAUAUAGCUGUUUUGCUGUCGAUGGUUCAGAAAUGUUCAAACUAGUGGAAAUUUUUUCUCAGUUUUUUUUUCGGUUUUAUUUCCUCCAGUAGCAUAAUACAUGUUAAAACACAACCAAAUCACGUUCACGUUUUGCUCGUGCGUAUGUGUCAAAAGGACAUGUGCGCUUUUUUUUCCUUUUUCCCUGUAAAUGUAUCCUACAUACUCAUCCACACACACACACACAUACACACUCCCCUUGGUAUAUGGAGCCCCAAACAGGGAACAUCGAUAGUAUCCUUCGGAAAGAGUGUCUGUGCGUGUAUGUGAGUGUUUCUGUUGCGAGUGUCAUUAGUUAUUAUUAUUAUUAUUAUACCUUCACCCUUCCCCGCGCUGCGUAUGCAUCAAACCCCCCUCCUACCCAUUGUGCUCUGUGCUGUAUUGGCGGGGGCUACGACCGCCUCCCCCUCCCCGAAAGCCAAACCAUUAAAACCAAUCGCUCUACUACUCCCAUACCCGAAAUGGCAAGCAUAAUACAUAUUUCAAACGUAAUAAAACAAACAAACGGAAGCAAAACGUACAUUAUUAAUCACACAUUACCCCCAUUUAAACGAAGAAAAAAGAAACGCUGUAAAACAUAAUCCAUCAUAUCCCAUUGGUGAAAGGAAAAGGAAGACGAGGAAGAGAGAGAGAGAGUGAGAAAGAUAAUGGAAGAGAAAAACAAUAAGCGCAAUAAAUGCGCGAAACACUAGGCGGGCGGAAAUUAUUGCUGUGUAUGAAAACAAAGGAAAAGGAAAAGCCCAUCAUAGAAGAAAGCUUCAUCGCCAUUGGUAGUAUGGUUUGCUCUUCUACGCUGCUUGAGCAACAGAAGCUUCGGCUGUACAAGGAAGCAAGGGAGAAACAGGUAGCAUCUUCUAACAAGGCCCGAUGCCGCAAAAAACGCAAAGGAAAAGACGCAGACAAAAGCGCAGUGUGUGAGCAGGAGAGAGAGAGAGAGAGAGAGAGAGAGAGAGAGAGAGAGAGAGAGA